CAGGACCUCACACACCGCGUUCUGGGGCACAAGCAGAAGAAAUACGGGAUAGAAAGAUCUCAGACCUGCUGAUCAUUUCAUGCAGGGAACAGAAAAUGACCCUGUUACAGGAGUCCGUCUCAUUUGAGGAUUUAUUUGUGGACUUCACCCAAAAGGAAUGGCAACUGCUGGAUUCCUGUCAGAAGGACAUAUACAAGGAUGUCAUGUUGGAGAACUAUAGCAGCCUAGUGGCACUGGGCCCUAAAGCCCAAGCAUUCAGGGCCAAAGCCUUUGUGAUUUCCCUCAAAUCAGGGUAUGAAUUUAUGAAACCUGAUGUCAUCUUCAAGUUGGAACGAGGAGAAGAGCCAUGGAUAGGAGAUGGACACAUUCCAAGUUCAGACUGUGAAGAACAAGUCUCGCAAGUAAAUGGUCACAUGAUGUGGCACCAGGAUAACCAAGAGAAGCCUAAAAAUAUAAAACUAGAUCAUGAAUGUGAUGCAUUUGGAAAACAUUUGAAUCUGAGCAUAAAUUUUGCUCCUUUAAGGAAAUCAAACAAUGAAGGUGAUGUAUAUGGAUUAAUUUUAAAACAUCAUUUAGAUUUACUUCUUCCAAAAGCUGAUUGUGGAAAAAUGGAACCAGAUGACUUAAAUGUAUUUGAUAAAUUGUUUCUCCAUACCAAGCCUGAGGAACCUGAUACUAGGUUAAACUACUAUGAUUGUGAAAAAUAUGACAAUGUUAGCUAUAAGAAAUCACAGAUUAUCAUAUAUCACAGAACUCAUUUAGGAGAGAAACUUUAUGAAUGCAGUGAAUGUAGGAAACAGUUCAGUAAAAAAUCAAGCCUCAUUAAGCUCCAGACCAGACAUAUAAGAGAGAUAGCCUAUGGCUGUGGUAAGUGUGGCAAAACCUUUCCCCAGAAGUCGCAGUUUAUUACACAUCACAGAAUUCAUACAGGAGAGAAACCUUAUCAUUGUAGCCAGUGUGGGAAAGGUUUCUCCCAAAAGUCACAACUCAGAUCCCAUCAGAGGACACAUACAGGAGAGAAACCAUAUGAGUGUGGUGAAUGUAGGAAAGCCUUCUCCCGGAAGUCACAUCUCAUAUCACAUUGGAGGACACACACAGGAGAAAAGCCGUAUGUAUGCAAUGAAUGUGGGAGGGCCUUUAGUGAAAAGUCAAAUCUCAUUAAUCAUCAGAGAAUUCAUACAGGAGAGAAACCGUUUGAAUGCAGAGAAUGUAGGAAAGCUUUUAGCAGGAAGUCACAACUUGUUACACAUCACAGAACACACACAGGAACAAAACCUUAUGGGUGUAGCGAUUGUAGAAAAGCCUUCUUUGAGAAAUCAGAGCUCAUAAGACAUCAGACAAUUCAUACUGGAGAGAAGCCCUAUGAAUGCAGUGAAUGUCAGAAAGCAUUCAGAGAGAGGUCAAGUCUCAUCAAUCAUCAGAGAACCCAUACAGGAGAGAAACCUCAUGGAUGCAUUCAGUGUGGAAAAGCCUUCUCCCAGAAGUCACACUUGAUAUCACAUCAAAUGACACACACAGGAGAGAAACCCUUUGUAUGCAAUAAAUGUGGGAGGGCCUUCAGCAGGAAAUCCCAGCUUGUUAGACACCAGAGAACACACACAGGAGAAAAACCGUAUGAAUGCAGUGAAUGUGGGAAAGCUUUCAGUGAAAAAUUAAGCCUCACUAAUCACCAGAGAAUUCAUACAGGAGAAAAACCUUACGUGUGCAGUGAAUGUGGGAAAGCCUUUUGUCAGAAGUCCCAUCUCAUCUCACAUCAAAGGACACAUACAGGAGAGAAACCCUAUGAAUGCACUGAAUGUGGGAAAGCCUUUGGAGAGAAGUCAAGUCUUGCAACUCAUCAGAGAACUCAUACAGGAGAAAAACCGUAUGAAUGCAGGGAUUGUGAAAAAGCCUUCGCCCAGAAAUCACAGCUCAAUACUCACCAGAGAAUUCACACGGGGGAGAAACCCUAUGAAUGCAGUCUCUGUAGGAAAGCUUUCUUUGAGAAGUCGGAGCUAAUUAGACAUCAGAGAACUCAUACAGGCGAAAAACCUUAUGAAUGUAGUGAAUGUAGAAAAACCUUCAGGGAGAAAUCCAGUCUCAUCAAUCAUCACAGAAUACAUACAGGAGAGAAACCAUUUGAAUGCAACGAAUGUGGCAAAGCCUUCUCUCGGAAGUCACACCUGAUACCACAUCAGAGGACACACACAGGAGAGAAACCCUAUGGAUGUACUGAAUGUAGGAAGGCAUUCUCUCAGAAGUCACAGCUUGUUAAUCAUCAGAGAAUUCAUACUGGAGAAAAGCCUUAUCAAUGCAAUGAAUGUGGGAAAGCUUUCUCCCAAAAGUCACAGCUCAUUAAUCAUCAGAGAACUCACACAGUAAAGAAAUCAUAGACAUGGAAUUAAUAUUCUUCUUUGACAGUUAAUAUUCACAUAUCACAUUAUAUGUUUGAGUGCUCUUUGGGGGUAGGAACUGUAAUUGAAGUUAUGUGGGGAAACUUUCAUCAGAUUAACAGUUUUAUGUAUCAUAAUUCAUGAGUGGAAUGGGCCUAUGAAAUGCAGAGUGUUUUAAAAACCUUUCAUAUUGUAGUCAGGCCUUGUACAGUAGAAAAUAUAGCAAGGAGGAAUACUGUGAAUAUCAGAAAGCCUUCUGGAGGCCUUCUCAUUAGCUGUUAGAAAUAUUCCCACGGUCAUAAAUCCUAGUCCAGUGAGUGAAGGAAACCCCCAUAAAUGUGGCACUUGAGGUAAUGAUUUCAUAAAGAAAUUAAUAGCUCAUUGUACAUAAUAAAAUGCCCUCAGGAAUGAAAUUUUAUGAAAAUAUUAAAUACGGGACAGCCUUUAGCAAGUAAUGCAACCAUAUUGUAUUUUGUAGAAUUUCUCUUGUGAAUAAACCUAACAAUUUAAAGACAUUUGAAACAUGUGCCCCUUGAAGUAAUGCUAUAAAGGGAAGCCAUAACUUUAUGGAUAUGGGUACCAAAAAUACACAAUUCUAAAUGUUUGACAGAUUUUCACUUAGAAGUGUGAAGUUUUAAAUAUAUGUGAA